CCGCGCCGCGCAGGCGUGGCGGGGUGUGCGGCGGCGGCAGCCGGAGGAGGAGGAGGAGGCGGCGGCGGCGCCAUGGCGGAGGGCGAGGGCCUGGUCUCGGUGGACUACGAGGUGUCCGGCAGGGUGCAGGGCGUUUUCUUCCGCAAGUACACCCAGGGAAUUGCUUUAAGGAACAUGGAGGAGUGAGCUCCCUGCAGUUUCUCAAGUUUCUCAUCUGUCUGAUUCUGACAUGAUCAAAUGUUUGGUGGAAGAUGUGCGAGCCAGGCUGCGUUCUGGAGUGACUAUCAACUCACUGGGGCAGUGCGUUGAGGAGCUUGUCCUCAAUAGCAUCGAUGCCAAAGCAACAUGUGUAGCUAUCAGGGUGGAUUUGGAAGCUUUUAAGAUCCAGGUGGUGGACAACGGCUCUGGAAUGGGGAGAGAGGACUUAAAUGCAAUGGGAAAGCGGUACUUCACCAGCAAGUGCAGCUCAGUGGGAGACUUGGAGAACCUGAUGUUCUACGGCUUUAGAGGGGAGGCUGUAGCAAGCAUAGCCAACAUGGCCAGCGUCGUGGAAGUUUCAUCUAAGACCAGCAGGACAGCAAAAACAUUUGUAAAACUAUUUCACAACGGGCAAGCACUGGAAGUCUGUGAAGCUGAAGUGAGCAGACCAAGUGGUGGAACUACAGUCACCGUGUGUAAUCUGUUCCAUCAGUUACCGGUGAGGAGAAAGUGUAUGGAUCCUGUGUUGGAAUUUGAGAGAGUGAGACAGAAAGUAGAGGCUAUUUCGCUGAUGCAUCCAUCUGUUUCACUUUCUUUAAGGAACGAUUUUUCUUGUUCUAUGGUGCUUCAGCUCCCUAAAACAAGAGAUGUAUACUCUCGGUUUUGUCAAAUUUAUGGACUGGGCAGAUCACGGAAGUUACGAGAAAUAAAUCAUAAGUCUGGGGGAUUUGCGCUAAGUGGUUAUAUCAGUAUUGAAGGACAUUACAACAAGAAUAUGCAGUUCUUGUACGUGAAUAGAAGGCUUGUUUUAAAGACAAGACUACAUAAACUAAUUGAUUUUUUAUUAAGAAAAGAAAGUGUCAUUUGCAAGGCAAAAAGUGGCCCUGUGAGCAGACAGGCUAGUUCAAGUCCUGGUCGCCAUCGUUGUGGCCCAGAGUUGUACGGGAUCUUUAUUCUCAAUGUGACCUGUGCGUUCAGUGACUAUGAUGUGUGUCUGGAACCUGCAAAGACUCUAAUUGAGUUCCAGAACUGGGAUGUUCUUCUAACAUGCAUAGAGGAAGGAGUGAAAGUAUUUUUGAAACGAGAACAUUUAUUUAUUGAACCUUGUAGUGAGGACAUCAGAGAAUUUAAUGAAGAUAAUGACUUUUGUUUGUAUAAUGCUCCAGUUCUGAAGUCCUCACUCUCUGAUGAGAAGAGCAUGCAAGACAGUUUUAAGAAAGCAUGUGAUGAAAUUGUGGAUUCCUAUGAAAUGUGUAACGUGCAAUCAAAAGAUGUCAAAAGGAAAUCCAUGACUGCAAAAAAAUCUUCGAAUCUUAUCGAGUCAAAUAAAAAUCUAGAGGAAACUGAAAUCGCCCCACAUCAGAAGAUUGCUGAACCAUCUGAUCCAUGUAGAAACAACAAAGUGGAGAUUCCACUGCCCAGCAAAGAUGACACAGCUUCUGAUUUCAUUAUAUCAGAGAUCUCAGAGCAGGAGCCAAAAGACACCAACAGUUCCCAAAAAGCAUCUAAUACUCAUCUGAAACCUUCAGAAAAUCUUUGUUCCUCUUUUAGUGGAGGGGCCAGAUCAGAAACAAGAAAAAUAGACAGAUGUGACCUGCAGCAUUGUGCAGAGAAUUACAUAAAAGAUAUGGGAAGCCAGCAAGGCAAAGUAGUGCAGAAAAGCAACACAGUCCAUAUCUUAAAUAAUGAUGUUAUUCAAUCGCUGUCUGAGAGAGAAGACCCUACCGAAACAGCAGUGGGACCUGAAACUGUCACUGGAAGUUCAUUGAUGGGACUGUGUAAUGCAAGAAGAGGAGACAGGGAAACAGCUGAAGUGAUAGAGGAUGCUGGAAGAGGGGCUGUUAUUUCAAUGCCAUUAAAAUUGUGCUCUACAGGCCUUGUAACACGUGUUAUGCAAAAUGAGCCUCCAUAUGAAUGUGAACAAACAGAAACAAACCUUGCAUUAAACAUGCAGUGUAGAGCUGGCCCUGUCAAUGACAAGGAUAUUUUUGGCCACAAAAUGAAUUUUCCAAUUCAAUCUUUAAAUGCUAAGGUUAUUUCCAGUAAUACAAAUAAAGAAUACACACCUCCUUACACCAGAGAAGUAUGCAUGGUUGAUGGUGAUGAGUGGUUAGAGAACAAAACUUUGUCAGAUCAAGUGAGUGAGGAGAUAGUUAUGCCUAUUGCCACCAGUAAAAGACAUGAUGAGACAACGAAUGUUACAGAAUUGCCGCUGGCAACUUCUUCAGGUAUUCCUCACCAUGAAGUUAUAAAAAGCACUAGAAGACAAAUAGCUGUGCCAAGAUCUCAGCCUUCUAAGAAGCCGAGCUUGUACACACAGCUAGGUUCGUUAGAAAAGUUCAGGAGAUACUAUGGGAAAGUCAAGUGCACAAUACCAACAGCGUUGUCAGAGAGGAGAGAAUUUGGUCUCCCGGUUUUUAAUUCACAAGCUAAUUGUGACUUUUCAAAGGAUGAGAAUGACAAUCAUGGUAGCUUGAGCACUUGUGAAACUCCGACUUUGGAAGGUACAGAUUCUAAUAAUUGUAGCCAAGUUUUUGGUUCUUUGGAAGAGACUUCACUCUGCAGUGGAGAAACUUCACAGGACAAACAAGCCCCUUGUCAGAGUCCUUUGACAUUGUCUGAUUACUCUCAGGUUAGUAAAAUAAAUAUAAGUUGUAAAAGAUCUCCAGGAUCAUUAUCAUCCAAACUGUCCAGAAUGAAAAGUGACCACAAAGAAGUAGAGCAACUUGGUGAACAAUUCCAAACAGAUUCAAGUAGAAAAGAUGACUACUCUUUUGAUCUCGAAUCUUCAAAUAAUGAUUUUUUGUACAGUGCUUGUCAAACAUAUAAAUCCUCAGUGGGAAAAAUGAAGGAAUGUAAUUACAGCAUUUCUAAGGGGGGUGCAUGGUGUCAAUCAGAUGGUAUGAGAGCAGAGUCCAUGAAAAGUACUGUCAGCCCAUCACCACUCAGCAGCAUAGAAGGGGAGUACACAGUCUCUUCAAGCAGUGUUUUAUCAUUACCUGCUAAAAAGGAUUGUACUAACAUCAUCUGUAGAGAUAAAAGUACAUUAGAUGAAUCCUCAGAACAAAAUCUGAAAGAUACUGAGGUUCCCCAUAUGACCUUCCUAAGUAACUUGGAAUUCUCUGCAGACAACACAAGCACAGGCAAUCCCAGGAAUGAUUUGUGGUGUUCUGACUGGCUGCAAGAUUUUGAUGUUUCAUCGGGUAAGACAAUAUACAUCAAUAAAGCAACUGGACUGAGCAUGUACCACACUCCUCCUACUGAAGGAUUUCAAGCUGCCUGCAUUCAGGAUAUAACAACAAUGGCCGUGAAUGUUGUCUCAGAGAAUGAUGCUGAAGGGGAGUCUCUCCAGUCAUUGCUUUCAGAAUGGGAUAAUCCUGUUUUUGUUCCCUGCCCAGAGAUUGCUGUUGAUGUGACCAGCAGUCAGGCUGACAAUCUGGCUGUGAAAAUUCACAAUAUCUUGUAUCCUUAUCGUUUCACCAAAGACAUGGUUCAUUCAAUGCAGGUUCUUCAGCAAGUGGACAAUAAAUUUAUCGCUUGUUUAAUCAACACUAGGAAUGAAAUGGAUAAAAAGGCAGAUGGAAACCUCUUGAUUUUGGUGGACCAACAUGCAGCUCAUGAACGGAUCCGCUUGGAGCAGCUUAUUGCAGAUUCCUAUGAGAAGGAAGCUGCAGCAUGUGGCAAGAAGAAAUUACUGUCCUCCUCCAUCUCUCCCCCUUUGGAGAUUGAAGUUACAGAAGAACAAAGAAGGUUUCUACGAUGCUGCUACAAAAAUUUGGAGGACUUGGGUCUUGAAUUAUCAUUUCCUGAGACCAACAGCUCCUUGAUUCUAGUGAGGAAAGUGCCGCUGUGUUUUAUAGAAAGAGAAGCCAAUGAAUUACGACGGAAAAGACAACCUGUCACCAAAAGCAUUGUGGAGGAGCUUAUUCAAGAACAAGUUGAGCUAGUGCAGACCACAGGAGGAGGAGCACGAGGGACACUGCCUCUGACGUUUCUGAAGGUGUUAGCUUCCCAGGCCUGUCAUGGAGCUAUUAAGUUUAAUGAGCGUUUGACUGUGGAGGAGAGCUGCAGGCUUAUUGAAGCUUUGUCAUCUUGCCAGCUGCCCUUCCAGUGUGCUCAUGGAAGACCUUCCAUGAUGCCUCUUGCAGACAUAGACCAUCUACAGCAGGAAAAGCAGCCUAAACCUAAUUUGGCUAGACUGCGGAAGAUGGCACGAGCGUGGCACCUAUUUGGAAAAAAAAAGACCCUAAUCAAAAAAAGUUAAGACUGUAAGAUGCAACCACUAGAAGUGUUGGUAUGAUCCAGGUCCCCCUGUUGUUAGACAACAAUACCCUGUGUGGAGCCAAGUUUUGGAGCCAGUGCAGUCACCAAAGUUCUGCUCCAAGUACUGACCUAAGAAGCAGAGACCAGCCAGGAGAACAUGGCUGGAGGAGCCCACCCUUGUAGCCUGCAGAAGCGUCCUCAACAUUAAGGGGUUACAUUGUAAGCCUGGGCCUUAUGUUGGUGUUUGACUGUUGGAGGCAAGAAGUUGCAGCCACUUGCAGUUACUAAAGUGCUUUUUCUCUGCAAGCACAGCAUGAUUCUGUGUAAGAGAGGAGACUUUCAAUUAAUGUAUUUUAUAGUGCUUUGAAAAUGGGGAGGUAUUUAUUAAUAAAAUUAACACUAAACUCUU